AUGGAAAUACCUGAAAAUCCCCCAAUUCCAAAUCUCAAGGAAAGAUAUAGCAAAUUAAAAUUUACAGAUCCUACAGAAGCUGCUAUAUUUAUUGCAAAAGAUUCAUAUAAUUCUUUUUAUCCAUUAAAUUUUGAGCAAGGAAAAAAGUUUCGUUGUCCUAACUGCCAAUUUUGCAUGGAGCUUGUAAAGACUCAUGAAAAUGGUCAACUUUUCUUCAUUCCAGUAAUUAAACACGAGCAUAGAACAAAGCAAUGCAAGCCGAGUAACAAUAUACCAAAAAUUCUUAAGUUGCAAGCAGGAAAAAAAGUCUAUGAAUUAGCAAAUUCUGAUAAUGUUCCUCAAUGCAAAGAAAUUUUUGCAAAAGAAUUGAAUAUUCCCAAUGCAACUUAUACGAUGUUCCAUAAUAUAGUAAAUAAACUUAAAGGAACCACAAAAGGGGAUAGAAUUCAAUCUUACAAUUAUUUCUCAACAAUUUUUUCAAUCAUAAACAAAAUCGAACAAGGAUUCUGCGAAAUGAUUUUAGUUAAAGAAGUUAACAAUGAAAUUGAAUUGCAUACAUUUAAGAAAGGUGAUGAAUUACCUGAAAAUUCAAAAGACUUUCAAAUUUAUUCAUUUAUUGUAAUUCCUCCAAUAACUCAUUUUUACAUGCAAACACAAGCUUUUUGCGGAAUAAUUCAAAUUGAUGGAACGUUUUUAUUUUGUAUUAAAAAAGGAAACUUACUCAUUAUUGGUACACCUGCACCAAAUAAUAGACUUAUCCCUAUUGCAUUUGCAUGGUCUGUUAGUGAAAAUACGAUAACAAUUAAGGAUAUGCUCACUAAAUUGAAAUCUUUUAUUCCACCAAGCAGAUUCAAGAAUAUUUAUUCCGAUCAAGGUCCGGCAAUUAUAGCUGCUGUUAGAGAAUCAGGCUUUUCUUGCGAUCAUAAAUUUUGCUUACGUCAUUUUGCAACAAAAAGGGAAUACAUCAAUGUCUAUUCCGAAAUUGUUGAAGUCGCUUACGCAGACCAUCCUCAAAAACGAAUUGACUUGAUUAAAAAGUUAGAAACUCGUUUACAAGAGGAAUAUCCAAACCGCAAAAAUAAUCAGGAUCUCUUUAAGUACUUAGAUAGUAUUAACCCAUUUGAAGGAUUCGCUGACUACACCGCUGGCAUACUCACAACAUCUCUUAUUGAAUCCCUUAAUGCCGAAAUUAAAGAUAAAUGGGAUACAUAUGAACCCGCCGAACUAAUUCUCCGUCUCAUUGAACAUGAAUUCAAUCUUGUUAAAAAUGUUUUAACAGGUGAUUUUAAAUCAGAUAAUAUUAUCAAAAAUCUAAAUGAAACUUUGAAACAUUCAGAUAUGUUUAGCUCGGUAUUAUAUGAUCCAAUUCAAGAAUUAUAUUAUGCAACUUUUGGUCGCUAUACAUAUUGCGUAAAAAUUAUGUCAGAUUCACAAUAUUCAUGCACAUGUAAGCACAUCGAAUUAUACGGAUUACCUUGUAUUCAUGUAAUCGCCGUAUUGAAUCACUUUUCGAACAAAAAUCUUCUUAAAAAUUUGAAUGAUGCAGUUCAUGCUCGCUUCAAAUGUUCAGAGUUUAUGACUCCUGUGGAAGAUUUAAUGAAAUUUUAUGUUGACCAAGCAUCUUUAAAAAUUCCCGGAAUAAAUUUCAACCUGGGAGAGAUUGAAAAAUUAAGGGGAAAAAGGACUAGGAUUAAAGCAUUUUACGAAAAGUGA